AUGCGGUGGCCCUAUUCAUGGAAUACUGACGUAUCAAAAAAGCUUUGUGCAAUACACGCAGUAGAUUUGGCGGAUUUUGCGCUCGUUCUAGGCAAGCUUCCAGUGCAAAAACGCAUUCCUAGAAAAGAGUGCCACGGGUUGGUUGCACCACGGUCAUGUUAUCGGCUUUUGAUGUAA